AUGACACAUGUAUUGGCCAGUGCUGCCCAUUUAGUCAUGCUUUUACGCUUUCAACUAUGCCCGCUUGCAGCCUUCAACUUCUCCGGCGGCUAUUUCAAUCCGGUGUUGACCACCGCCCUCAAGUGGGGAUGUCGCGGCCACACCAACUUCGAGCACAUCAUUGUCUACUGGAUUGGUGCCUGUGUUGGUGCUGUGCUCUCGGUGCCGAUCUACAAGCUGCCUAUCGUUCGACGCUUCCUUCUCGGCGAGAAUAAGCCAAAACAGGACUAGGAGCCCACACCCGGCAUGGCUAGAAAAGGCAACGGGAAAGACAGGGCUUUCGCAAAGCUAUAGUAUACGUUGAUAUCUUUACCUUAUGCACAUGCACAUUUGUUAGAAUAUUUCGAUAUUUCUAUGAUAAUUUUUACAAAUUAAAACCGAUGGUAAUCGUAUUUUCCUUGUCAAUGGA